AAGCGAGGGACAGCGCGCUGGUUGCGGAACCGAAGGGUGCAGGCAGGACACACAGGUAGACCUCUGGCAAGUUCUACACGACAAGCUGUGUGUGAUGAGUAGUCAAACUUCUCCUUGCAACAUCCUGGUCUCUGACAGCAUGCAGCAGGCUAGCAUCCCUCAAACCAUGGUGGCUAUGCCAGGAGCCAGCAGCCCCUGCAGGCUGGAGGCCAAGGCAUCUCCAUCCUCCCAGGCCAGGGGCAUAGCUGGGGUGUACAUGGAGGCCUCAGGCCAGGUCCAGAGUUUCUACAUGGCCAUGAGGCAGGGCCAUCUGCCUGCGGGGCUCGGGCUGGCUCUGCUGGAGGCCCAGGCAGCCACUGGAGGCCUCGUGGACCCUGUCCAGGGCCAGCUGCUCCCUGUGUCACAGGCUCUGCAGGAGGGCCUGGUGGGGCUGGAGCUAAGGGAGAAGCUGCUGGCUGCUGAGUGUGCAGUCACUGGCUACCCAGACCCCUAUGGGGGUGAGAAACUGGCCCUCUUCCAGGCCAUUGGGAAGGAGGUCGUGGACAGGGCCCUGGGCUGGAGUUGGUUAGAGGCCCAGUUGGCCACAGGGGGCCUGGUGGACCCUGCCCAGGGCGUACGAGUGGACCCUGAGACAGCCUGCCAGCAGGGCCUCCUGGAUCGGGAGACGUGGCAGGGCCUGUUGGAGCUUGAGCCCAAUGCUAGUGCCCCGGGUUUCCUCGACCCUAACACUCUGGAGUGGCUGACAUACUGCAAGCUGCUGGAAAGGUGUGUGCAGGCCCCUGGCUUAGGGUUGACCCUGCUACCCAUCAGGACCACAUUCCACUCCCUGGGCAGGGCAGUGAGUGCUGCUGAGCUGCUAGAGGCAGGUGUCCUGGACAAGGAGGCCGUGCAGGGCCUGCAGGAGGGCAGGCUGGCUAUGCAGGAUGUGAGCAGGCGUGCUGAAGUGCGGCAGUACCUGGAGGGGACUGGCAGUGUGGCGGGGGUUGUCCUGCUGCCUGAAGGCUGCAAGAAGAGUUUUUUCCAGGCCAUCUCUGAGCAUCUGCUCCCAAUGGGCACUGUACUCCCACUUUUGGAGGCUCAGGCUGCCACCUACACCCUGGUGAACCCAGCCACAGGCCAGCGGCUGUGGGUGGAUGAGGCAGUUAGGGUGGGCCUGGUUGGCCCUGAACUCCAUGAACAGCUCCUUGUGGCAGAGCAGGCUGUGACAGGGUACCAUGAUCCCUUCAGCAUCUCCCGGAUUCCCCUCUUCCAGGCCAUGAAGAAGGGACUGGUGGACAGGCCGCUGGCACUGCGACUCCUGGAUGCACAAUUGGCCACAGGUGGCUUAGUAUGUCCUACCCGCAGGCUUCGGCUGCCUCUGGGGGCCGCCCUGCACUUUGGCUGCCUGGACAAGGGUACUCAGCAAUUGCUCUCACAGGCUGCUGGCUUCAUGGACCCCAGCACGCACAGAAGCCUGCGCUAUGAACAGCUGCUGGCCUGCUGUGUCACUGACCCUGAGACAGGGCUUGCCUUCCUACCCCUACCAGGGGGGCUUUGUGGAGAGACACCCCAGGGACCCCCAUUCAUUGAGGCCUACACUCGGCAAGCCUUGAGUGCAGCCAUGACCACCAUCUCUGUGGGGAAGGCCCAGGAACAGCCCGUGUCCCUCUGGGAGCUGCUUUUCUCUGAGGCAGUCCCUGUACAGCAGAGGGCAACACUAGCCUGGUGGCAUCAGGAAGGCACCCUGUCAGUGGAGGAGCUGGCCACUGAGCUGAAAUCUAUCAUCGAGCAAGCUGCAGCCACUGCCAGGGUCACCUUUGCUGGGCUGAGGGAUGCCGUGACCCCAGGAGAGCUACUGAGUGCCAAGAUCAUUGACCAGGAUGUGUAUGAGCAGCUGGAACAAGGACAGACCACGGCCCAGGAUGUGGGCAGCCUGGACUCAGUGCAGCGCUACCUGCAGGGUACAGGUUGCAUUGCCGGCUUGCUGCUGCCGGGCUCCCAGGAGCGGCUCACUGUCUACGAGGCCCGUGGCAGGGGGCUGCUCAGGCCCGGCACUGCCCUCAUCCUUCUUGAGGCACAGGCUGCCACUGGCUUCAUCAUGGACCCCAAGGAAAACAAGAGCCACUCUGUGGAGGAGGCACUGAAGGCUGGUGUCAUCGGGCCCGACGUGUACAUGAAGCUGCUGUCGGCAGAGCGUGCCGUCACCGGCUACACUGACCCCUACACCGGGGAGCAGAUCUCCCUCUUCCAGGCCAUGCAGCGGGACCUCAUUGUGCGGGACCAUGGCAUCCGCCUGCUGGAGGCCCAGAUCGCCACGGGCGGGGUUAUCGACCCUGUGCACAGUCACCGCGUGCCCGUGGAUGUGGCCUACCAGCGCGGCUACUUUGACCAGACACUGAACUCCAUCCUCUUAGACCCCAGCGACGACACCAAGGGCUUCUUCGACCCCAACACACAUGAGAACCUCACAUACCUGCAGCUGCUGGAGCGCUGUGUGCACGACCCCGCGACAGGCUUGCACCUGCUGCCGCUGUCCGGUGCACAGCCCCAGCUUGUAGACAGCGCCACCCGGCAAGCCUUCCAGAACCUGUUGCUAUCUGUGAAGUACGGGCGGUUCCAGGGGCAGAGGGUCUCUGCAUGGGAGCUGGUCAACUCAGAGUACGUUAGUGAGGCCCAGAGGAGGCAGCUGCUGCGGCACUACCGGCUGGGCAGGGUCACGCAGGAGCAGGUCAAGCACCUGCUGGAGGCUGCUUCAUGCAGGAGGGCGGACAUCACUGUGCCCACACUGCGGGGCCAUGUCACCGCCUAUCAGCUCCUGGAGGCCCGUGUUAUCAACCAGCAGCUCCUAGACCAAGUGCUGGCAGGGACAGUCAGCUCCGAGGCCCUCCUUCACCUGGACAGUGUACGCAAGUCCCUACACGGCUCGGGUGCUGUGGCCGGCGUGCUGUUGCAGCCUUCGAACCAACAGCUCAGCCUCUACCAGGCCAUGCAGCGCCAGCUGCUGAGCCCCCGUGUGACCCUGGCUCUGCUGGAGGCUCAGGCGGCCACUGGAGCCAUUGUAGACCCUCACAGUCUGGAGACUCUCUCAGUGGAUGAGGCCGUGUGCAGAGGCGUGGUGGGGCCAGAGCUAUACCACAGGCUGAGGUGGGCCGAGGGCUCUGUCACUGGCUUCAGAGACCCUUUCUCUGGGAAGCGGGUGUCCUUGUUCCAGGCCAUGAGGAAGGGCCUUGUCCCUUUAGAGCAAGCCACCCGCCUCCUAGAGGCCCAGGUGGCCACAGGAGGGGUCAUUGACCCCACAGGCCACCUACAUCUCCCCAUGCCAGUGGCCAUUGAGCGUGGCUACAUCGACCAAGAGACAGAGGUGGCUGUGUCCAGGGCCUCUGAGACCUUCCCCACACUGAAUGGCCAGGGACAUACCAGCUAUGUCCAGCUCCUGGAGCAAUGUGCUCAGGAUGAGACCUCUGGCCUUUACCUCCUGCCCUUGCCAGAAAGUGCCCCCACCAUCCCCACUGAUAAGCAGAUUGAGGAGGUCCUCCGGACCACUCCAGGCACGGCAGGCAGCUUGUCUCUCUGGGACCUGCUUGGCUCUCACCACUUCACUGAAGAACAGAGGAGGGGCUUCCUGGAGGACGUUCGGGAGGGGAGGACCACCACAGCCCAGCUGCAUGAAACUGUGCAGAAGUGGGUGCGGGGGGCCGAGCUCUUCGCCCAGGCGCACAUCACAGUGCCUGGCCCGUGGGGUGAGGUCCCCGCCACCUGGCUGCUGGACAUGGGCAUUAUCACUCAGGAGACCUUGGAGGCACUGGUUCAAGGCACGCAGUUGUCUGUGGAGGUGGCCAAGCAGCCAGAUGUGAAGGCUUGUCUGUGGGGCACAGGCUGUGUGGCAGGAGUGUUGCUGCAGCCCUCUGGGACCAAGGUCAGCAUUGCCCAGGCCAUGAAAGAUGGCCUCCUGGCCGCGGGCCUGGGGCAGAGGCUUCUGGAGGCCCAGGUAGCAUCUGGAUCUCUUGUUGACCCUUUGACCAGCCAGAGACUGUCAGUGGAGGGGGCAAUCAAGGCUGGCCUGGUGGGCAGGGAGCUGAGUGAGCGUCUCCGGCAGGCCGAGAGGGCUGUGGCCGGGUACACAGACCCCUACUCGGUGGGCCCCCUCUCUCUGUGGCAGGCUGUGGAGAAAGGGCUUGUGCCCGAGAGUGAGGGCUUUCCCCUCCUACAGGUGCAGCUGGCCACAGGGGGUGUGGUGGACCCUGUGCACAGGGUGCAUCUGCCCCAGGCAGUGGCUUGCAGGCUUGGCCUCCUGGACGAGCAAACAGGCCAGACACUGACCACAACCGAGGCAGACAACAAGUUCUUCUUUGACCCCAACACACAAGACAAGGUGACAUACCAGCAGCUCAAGGAGCUCUGCAUGCUGGAUGCUGAGACUGGCCUGUUUUUGCUGCCACUCCCCCAGGACACAGCGCUGCAAGUGGAUGACCACACUGCGGUGGCCUUGAGGGCCAUGAAGGUGCCCGUCAGCACAGGGAGGUUUCAAGGGUGCAGCGUGUCACUCUGGGACCUGCUGUGCUCUGAGUACAUCAGCCCUGACAAGCGGCAGGAGCUGGCGGCCCUGUGCCGGUCUGGGAGGGCGGCAGCACUACGGCAGCUGGUCAGCGCAGUCACAGCUCUAGUGGAGGCUGCAGAGGGGCAGCCCCUCCCAGCCAUCUUCACAGGGCUCCGGAAGAAGGUGUCAGCCCAGGAUUUGUUCAGGUCCCAGCUGAUCACCAAGAAGAUGCUGGAGGAGCUGCAACAGGGAAAGAGGACUGUGCAGGAGGUCAUGCAGAUGGAGAGCGUGAGGCAGGCCCUGGAGGGGGGCAACUUCAUCGCUGGGGUCCUCAUCCAGGACACCAAGGAGAGGCUGAGCAUCCCAGAGGCCCUGCGAAGGCACAUCCUGCGGCCCGGCACGGCCCUGGUGCUGCUGGAGGCGCAGGCGGCCACUGGCUUCAUCAUCGACCCUGUGCAGAACCGGAAGCUGACUGUGGAGCAGGCAUUCGAGGCAGGGAUGUUUGACAGAGAAACCUAUGCAAAGUUGCUGUCUGCCGAGCGCGCUGUCACCGGCUAUACCGACCCCUACACCGGGGAGCAGAUCUCCCUCUUCCAGGCCAUGAAGAAGGACCUCAUCGUGCGGGACCACGGCAUGCGCCUGCUGGAGGCCCAGAUCGCCACAGGUGGCAUCAUUGACCCUGUGCACAGCCACCGCGUGCCUGUGGAUGUGGCCUACCAGCGCGGCUACUUCGACGAGGAGAUGAACCGCGUCCUGGAAGACCCGAGCGACGACACCAAGGGCUUCUUCGACCCCAACACGCAUGAGAACCUCACCUACCUGCAGCUGCUGGAGCGCUGCGUGGAAGACCCCAAGACGGGCCUGCACCUGCUACAAAUUGUAAAGAAAGGAGAAACCUACAUGUACAUCGAUGAGGCCAUCAGGAACACUCUUCGAUCCAGAACCAUGGAGAUGCAUGUGGGGAGGUUUGCCCACCAGACAGUCUCUCUCUGGGAUCUGCUGUCCUCAUCGUAUUUCACAGAGGAAAAGAGGCGCCAGCUCUUGCAGGACCACAGAGUCCAGGAUGGGAGCCUGGAGGAAUUAUCAGAAGUCAUUACCACAACCAUCCAGGAGGCAGAAGAGCAGAGCCAAGCCCUCAAGGUGGCAGCCAUCAGGGGGAGCACGACAGCCGCAGACUUAAUCAGCACCGGAGUCCUAGACAAAACGACCCUGGAGGUGCUCUGCAGGGGUCACAGGGCUGGGGAGGCCCUCAGGCAGCUGGAGCAUGUGAACAUCUACCUGGAAGGCAGUGGCUGCAUUGCUGGGGUGACCGUGCCCCCUACCCAGGAGGUGGUGAGCUUUUAUGAGGCCAGCAGGAGAGGGUUCAUUCCCAUAGCAUUUGCAGCCCAGCUUCUGGAGGCACAGGCUGCCACUGGGUCCCUAAUGGACCCCUGCACCCAGCAGAGGCUGUCUGUGGAUGAGGCUGUGGCUGCAGGACUGGUGGGUGAAGAGCUACAAGAAAGGCUCUUAGCUGCCGAGAAGGCUGCCACAGGCUAUCACGACCCAAAUUCAGGAGACACAAUCCCGUUGUUCCAAGCUUUGGAAAGGAACCUGAUCAAGAAGGCAGAUGCCCUGAGGCUGCUGGAGGUACAGGUGGCCACUGGAGGCAUCAUCGACCCGCGAGUACACCACCGACUCCCACUACAGACAGCCUACAGACGUGAGUGUCUAAACCAGGAUGUGUAUGCGCUCGUGGCUGAUCAGAAGCGCAUGAAGAAAAGGUUCGUGGACCCCAACACACAAGAGAAGGUCACGUACCAGGAGUUGCAGGAGAGAUGCCAGAGACAGGAAAACACAGGGUGGGCACUGUUCCCAGUGGUCAGGGACACAGAAGAGCUCCAGUACAUCGAUGAGGCCACAAGAAGAGCUCUCAAGGCAGAGCAGGUACAAGUGACUCUGGGCAGGUACAGAGGACGAAAGGUGACAGUCUGGGAGCUGCUCAACUCAGAAUAUGUGACAGAGGAAAAAAAGCUCGAGCUGGUCAGAAUGUACAAAAGGGACACCACACGAGCACUACAGAAAGUUGUACAGGUGAUCUUACACUUGAUGCAGGAGCAGGAACAGAGGCAGAAGCGGCAGUGGUUUCGAGGCAUAAGAAGGAAUGUCACAGCCACAGAGCUACUCAGUGCAGACAUCCUGACAAAAGACAUGCUGGAAGGCCUGCAGAAGGGCACACUCACACCACGGGAGAUUGUAAGAGAUGACAGAGUGAGGAGCUACCUGCAGGGCACCAGCAGCAUCGCGGGCGUCCUGGUGCCCUCCAAGGACGAGCCCGGCCGCCAGGAGAAGAUGAGCAUCUACCAGGCCAUGUGGAAGGGCGUGCUGCGGCCCGGCACGGCCCUGGUGCUGCUGGAGAGGCGGCUCCGGAGGGGCGGGCCUGCUCCACCCCUGGGCCCACCGCCCGUCCGCCGCGCGCUCGCGCCUCUCUAUCCCGAAGCCGGGGUGGGGGCUCGAAGCGACUGUGGCCCCGGGCUGAGCGGCUAG